GGAAUUUUGAAACAAGAAUGGAAAGGAAAAAUCCUUUCUGCUCUGAGUGAGUGGGCAGAGGAGGUUUGAGUGCCCCACAAGUAGGUAUGGCAGGAUUUCUCUGAAGUUAAGAAUUUGUUAGGGUUAAGGAUUUUAGGCUGUCUGUCACCUGAGGUUUCUCCACAAUUUAUUUUGGCCCCACAGGAGGGUGACCUUGGGAGUUCCCAGCUCUCCCUCCAGGGGACUAUUGGUUCAAUCUGUUGUACCAUAAAGAGUUUUAGAUUUUGAGAAAGACUUCUUUUUUCAUCUGCGUGGUCACUAACUUUUAUGGCCUCAGUUUCUCCAUCUGUUAAACAAGAUGCACUAAAUGACUCUUCAGCUCGAAAUAAUACGAUUUCUGGAUCCCAGGGAUAGGGGCAGGGAGGACCCUUCCUUUUCUCCCAGUAAUCCCCCGCUUUGGGAUGCUGGUUGCCCCUCCCCCAUCGCCAGCUCUCCUCCCUUCUGCGGUCCAGGUUUUGGGGCCAGUUAGACCUCUCGGCUGUUGGGGCUGUUGGGUAGGCGUGCGUCGGGGGGAGAGCUCAGGACUCGGCACACAGACGGCAGAAUCACGUAAGUCCCAGCUCCAGCCAGGGACCGCUGCGGUAGUUACCGUAUUUACCAAGGACGCGCUGAGGAGGCGGUGGGUGGACUGAGGCUGUCACUGCGGAAGCGUUACCGUAUUUGCUGAGAGCCGCGCGGAGAGUCUCCCCAGCCCUGAAGAGCCGAGUGGGCUUUUGCAGCAGGAAGAUUACCUUAUUUACCUAAAGCUGCCUGAGGUCGCUGCGGCAGUGGGAACCAGCCCUGGCUCCUAAAGUUACCGUAUUUCCCGCACGCAGCGCAGCUUCUCGUGGGGUCGGAACCAGGAGGAGGAGCUGGGACACAAUCCAGACUUAAGUUGGUGACUUAAUGAAUGGAACCCUUGAACUGUUGGAAGUGCCCAUGUCGGACCUGUCCCCCCUAGAAGGAGAGCCUCCUGAGGCAGAUGAGGAGAGUCCCAGUGAUGAUCAGGUCCUCAUUAUCCACCACCCAGCAGAGGAGCAGGCCUACCGAUGUCUCUUGUGUGGGCAGACCUUCCCUCAGCAGUCUAGCCUAGUUCGGCACCAUAAGGCUCACACUGGAAUGAAUGGAGCAGGGAGGGCUUUGUAUGUCUGCCCUGAGUGUGGCAAGGCCUUCAGCAUCCAGCACAAUCUCUCUGUCCACCAACGCAUCCACACAGGUGAGCGUCCUUUCCCGUGCCCUGAGUGUGGACGGCGAUUCAGCCUCAAACAGAAUCUGCUCACCCAUCGGCGCAUCCACAGUGGCAAGAAACCUUACCAGUGUGCCCAGUGCAGGCGCUGUUUCCGAGAGGCCCGCUUCCUCCUUAACCAUCAGCGUACCCAUGCCAGAAUGUCCCCUACCCCACCCCAAUGCUCUGAGGUCUCUGAGGAGCAGUGAUGCUACUUCUGCACUUGCUGGAGCUGGGGCUUUGCCCAAGAAAGCUCUCUCCAGACUUAUGCAUUCAACGAUGGCUGUGGAACUGAGGGGCACCUAAGCUAAGCUCAGUGUUCCUUCACCUAGAAUAUCCUCUGUAAGAAGACCAUACAAAGACAGUUCACUGAAUUCGCAUCUGCUGUGUUCUGCUUUCCAACCCCUAACUAUAAGAAGAGAUGAGAUAGUAAGUCCAUGAUGGUGGUGAGACAUCCAAGAGAGUGGAAGGGACUGGAUUUUGUAGGUGUAUGUGGGUUAUCUAGUGUCUGCUAUUCCCUGGAAUUCCUUGGUGUCCCAAGCCUUAGGAGAUCCCAUCUUGCUGAGCAUAGCUGCUUUGGUCAGAACUAUUGCUCCCUUCAUUAUCACCUCAUUUGUAGCAAAUGUGGGAACAAAGAAAUCUGAGACUUGAGACUCCUGGAUAUAGAGCUCCAGGGUGGAAACUUCAUUUUGUGGUGUCAGUGGGGAAGAGGGCUGAGAGAUGGAAGUUCAAAUCAGUAUAAUUCACUUCACUUUUAUAGAAUAUAUUUUUCAGUGUGCUUAAAGAUUGUACAAAUAAAGGAUUACUGUACUUUGCCCCUCCA